AUGACGGAUUCCCUCCCGGAACCCCGUGAGGAUCCCGCGCCCCGGAGCCCGCCAAGGGCUGGGACAGACUCGGGGCUCCCCGCGGGAGGGGAGAGGGCAGGGGGGCGGUGGGCUGGGGCGGGGCGGUGCGGGGGCUGGCGGAUCUUUCCCACCCACCUACCUGACGGUGGUAGCGGCAUCGGGUGGCCCCGGCCCGCACCGCGCUCUUAUAAGCGGCGGCGGGUGCGGAGCCGAUGUAAAUGCCGCCGCGGCCCGCCCCGCCGCACUGCCCGCAGCUCCGCGCCCAGGUCACUGCUUCCAGGGCCCCUGUGGCCAGUGCAACCCACAAAGACUAUGCUGAGUUUGGUUGUGGUUCUGCUGGUGACAUGGAGCUUGGGGAGAGCCCAGGAGAGCAUCUCCUGGGAGUUGCAGCGCUAUGAUGGAUGGUACAACAACCUCCUGCACCACAGCUGUGGCUCCGUGGGUGCCAGGCUGCUGCGUCUCUUGCCCGCCAACUACGCGGAUAGGGUCUACCAGGCACUGCAGGAGCCCCACGUGCCCAACGCUCGCCAGCUCAGCAACGUGGUGGCAAGGGGACCCUCAGGACUGCCCUCCCGCAGGAACACAACUGUGCUGGCUGUGUUUUUUGGUUUCCACGUGCUCUCGGACAUCCUGGGGACAGAGAAAACUGGAUGCCCUGCUGAGUUCCUGAACAUCCACAUCCCACCUGGGGACCCGGUGUUUGACCCUGAAGGCACUGGAGAUGUGGUCCUGCCCUUCCAGCGCAUCCAGUGGGCAACGGAGACAGGGCAGAGCCCCAAUAGCCCCCGGGAACAGAUCAACAGGGUGACAGGCUGGCUGGACGGCAGCUCCAUCUACGGCCCCUCUCACUCCUGGAGUGAUGCCCUGAGGAGCUUCUCGGGGGGGCACCUGGCAUCAGGGCCUGGUGGGCGCCUCCCGAGGGAAACGGAUGGGAGGGUCCCCAUGUGGAAAGCGUUGGAUCCCACCACAGGACAGGGUGGUCCCCAGGGGAUUUAUGACCUGGGGAAUUCCUGGGGGAAUGAGAACCCCUUCCUGCAGGCCCAGAGCAUCGCCUGGUUUCGGUACCACAACUACCUGGCCACCAAGCUGGCCCAGGAGCACCCCACCUGGUCUGAUGAAGACCUCUUCCAGCACGCUCGCAAGUGGGUCAUUGCCACUUUCCAGAGCAUCGUGCUGUAUGAGUGGCUGCCCACCCUGCUGGGGACAAGUGUCCCAGAGUAUCAAGGAUACCAGCAGCACCUGGAUCCCAGUCUCUCGCCUGAGUUCAUGGCAGCUGCGUGGCAAUUCCUGGCCACCAUGGUGCCUCCAGGUGUCUACAAGAGGGACUCCCAGUGCCACUUCUCCAAAGUGCCCAGCCCCGGGGGCUUGUUCCCAGCAGUGAGACUCUGCAACAGCUACUGGAACAGAGAGAGCACCGGGAUGCAGCGGGCAGAGGACGUGGACAAUCUCCUGUGGGGGAUGAGCUCACAGAUUGCAGAGCAGGAGGACAACAUUGUGGUGGAAGAUCUCCGAGAUUACUGGUACGGGCCCCUGAAGUACUCCCGCACUGACUACGUGGCCAGCUGGCUUCAGCGUGGCCGAGACCUUGGCCUGCCCACCUAUAACCAAGCCCUGGAGAGAUUUGGGAUGGCACCUCUCCAGAACUGGUUGGACAUUAACCCCAGCCUGGAGCAACAGGUCCUGGAGGAGGUCGCUGCCCUGUAUGGCAACAACACGUCUGGGCUGGAGCUGCUCCCCGGAGGGAUGCUGCAGGCUAACAGCUCCCUCUUCAGUGCCAUCAUCCUGGACCAGUUUGUGCGCCUGAGGGAUGGCGACAGGUUUUGGUUCGAAAACACCAAGAAUGGGAUGUUCACAGUGGAGGAAACCAGGAAGAUUCGUGGCACCACAUUCCACGAUGUCCUGGCUGCUGUCACCUACAGCAACUCCACUGAUGGCAACUCCACAGCCCUCCAGCCCCACGUGUUUGCCUGGAGCAAGGGGGAUCCAUGUCCUCAGCCCCAGCAGCUGAGAGCUCAAGACCUGGCCAACUGCACGCCCAUGACAGUGCUGGACUACUUUGAAGGCAGCGGCACAGGCUUCGCGAUCAUCAUUAUUGUCCUCUGCUGUCUGCCUUUAGCAACCCUGCUCGUUGCCUGGAUUGUCGCUGUUCUCCGCAAGAGAGAUUUCAAGAAGCUGCAGAAGAAGCAGAGCUCCAGCAUGAGGAGGGAGGUGACCGGCGAGGUCAUACCCGCCAUGGAGUGGCAUGGUCCCAAGACAGACAGAUCUCCUGUCUACAUUCAGCUCCAAUCGGACAAAAUGCUCAAAGUGCUGGAUGGGAGAGGGUCAGUGCUCCGGAUCAUCAACCUGAAAGCCCAUGAAAGGGUUGAGGUGCUUAUCUCUAGCAACAAAGGGAACAAAGCCCUGCUCUUGAAGAGCCCCAAGGAGUAUGACUUGGUGCUGCUUUUCAGCAAGGAGGUGGAGAGGAGCAACUUCAUUGGGAAGCUACGAAGAUACUUGGAGGAGGGUGGCCUUGACCUGCACCUGUCUGAGAUGAAGGAGCAGAGCCUGAUGAAACGGGCAGUCACCCACAAGCAGAGGAAACAAAUUCUGGAGACUUUCUUCAGGCACCUGUUUGCUCAGGUGCUGGAAAUCAAUAGGUCUGAUGCUGGGGAGCUUGACUUUGAAUCUUCACAGAAGGCAAAGGAAUCUUUGACAUGUGAGCUGAGCAGGGCUGAGUUUGCUGAGGCCCUGGGGCUCAAAGCCCACUCCAUGUUUGUGGACUCCAUGUUCUCCCUGGCUGACAAAGACGGCAAUGGAUACAUCUCCUUCCGGGAAUUCCUGGAUAUCUUCGUGAUCUUUAUGAAAGGAUCCCCAGAGGAGAAGUCCAAGGUGAUGUUCAGGAUGUAUGACAUUGAUGAGAAUGGCUUCCUCUCCAAGGAGGAGUUUCUGAGGAUGCUUAGGUCUUUCAUUGAGAUCUCCAACAACUGCCUGUCAAGAGACCAGGCAGAGGAGGUGGUCGAGUCCAUGUUUCAGGCUGCAGGGUUUCAGGACCGGGAUGAGCUGACGUGGGAGGAUUUCCACUACUUGCUGCGAGACCACGACAAUGAGCUCCGUCUCACCCAGCUCUGCAUCAAAGGUGUCCCCCAGGCUCUCAAGCAAAAUGCGUGCAGCCGUGUCUCCUUCAUAACUAAGAAAGAGCCAAAAGGGACCAUCCCAGAGGAGGAGAAAGACCCAAACUUGGACACCGUGAGCCACUACAUGGAGCCAGAAGGGCAAGAGCUGAGGAGGAGACUAGGAAGAAAGGUGAAUCAGUACCAGCUGCAUCCAUACACUAAAGCACAGAGGAAGAAGUACGAGCAGAGCAAAGUUCAGCAGAAGAUCCAGGAGCUGAAGCGCUUCGUUGAGAAUUACCGGCGCCAUAUUGUCUGUGUGGUCCUUUUCUCUGCCAUCACUAUUGGAGUGUUUGUGGAAAGAGCCUAUUACUAUGCCUUCGCGUCCCCAAGCACUGGAAUUGCCCAAACCACCUUUGUGGGGAUCAUCAUCUCCCGGGGAUCGGCAGCCUGCAUCUCCUUCAUGUACUCCUACAUCCUGCUCACCAUGUGCCGCAACCUCAUCACCGUUCUUCGGGAGACCUUCCUCAAUCACUACAUCCCCUUCGAUGCCGCCGUGGACUUCCACCGCUGGGUUGCCAUGGCAGCCCUCAUUUUCUCAGUGCUCCACACAGCAGGUCACAUAGUGAAUGUCUACAUCUUCUCAGUCAUGCCCCUCAGUGUCUUAUCCUGCCUCUUUUCCAGUGUCUUUGUGGAUGAUGGGUCCCAGGUCCCCCGGAAGUAUUACUGGUGGUUCUUCCAGACUAUUCCAGGCAUGACGGGAGUGCUGCUGCUUGUCAUCCUAGCCGUGAUGUACGUGUUUGCCUCCCACCACUUCCGACGUGUCAGCUUCCAGGGCUUCUGGAUCACCCACCACCUCUACGUGCUGCUCUACGUCCUGAUCAUCAUCCACGGCAGCUAUGCCCUGAUCCAGCAGCCCCGCUUCUACAUCUACUUCAUCAUCCCGGCUCUCAUCUAUGGUGCUGACAAACUUCUCAGCCUGAGCAGGAAGAAGGUGGAGAUCAGCGUAGUGAAAGCUGAGCUCCUGCCCUCAGGUGUCACCCACCUCCAGUUCCAGCGGCCUCAGGACUUUGACUACAAGUCUGGGCAGUGGGUGCGCAUCGCCUGCGUGGCCCUGGGCACCACUGAGUACCACCCCUUCACCCUGACCUCGGCACCCCAUGAGGACACGUUGAGCCUGCACAUCCGGGCUGUGGGGCCCUGGACCACCCGUCUGCGGGAGCUCUACUCCCCAGAGAGCUUGGCCCUCACUGGCAAGCUGCCCAAGCUCUAUCUGGAUGGGCCCUUCGGGGAGGGCCACCAGGAGUGGAACAAGUUUGAGGUGUCAGUGCUGGUGGGAGGAGGCAUCGGUGUGACACCCUUUGCAUCCAUCCUCAAGGACCUGGUGUUCAAGUCAUCCAUAAGCUGCAAGGUGCAGUGUAAGAAGAUCUACUUCAUCUGGGUGACACGCACGCAGCGGCAGUUCGAGUGGCUGGCAGACAUCAUCCGGGAGGUGGAGGAGGGAGACAGGAAGGACCUGGUGUCUGUGCACAUCUACAUCACACAGCUGGCAGAGAAGUUCGAUCUCCGCACCACCAUGCUGUACAUCUGCGAGCGGCACUUCCAGAAGGUGCUGAACAAGAGCCUCUUCACGGGGCUGCGCUCCAUCACCCACUUUGGGCGCCCGCCCUUCGUACACUUCUUCAGCUCGCUGCAGGAGGUGCACCCCGAGGUCCAGAAGAUUGGGGUUUUCAGCUGCGGCCCACCUGGUAUGACAAAGGAUGUGGAAAAGGCUUGUCAGCAGCUGAACAAGAAGGACCAGGCUUACUUUGCCCAUCACUAUGAGAAUUUUUGACUCUACCCCGUGCGCUGCCGUCUUUGUUGGAAAUGUGCAUUCAGCCCCAUCCCCUGUCCGGCACUGCUCGGUGUGGUCAUGCUCCUUGGCUCCCACCACCCACUGUCCCUGGGAGAAAGCUACCCAAGGCCCAGGGUGUGGAUGCUGAGACCCUCAGAGCAGGUGGUGCACCAGCAAAGCGUUGCUGCC